UGAGUCUGCUUGCAGAUGGAAACUCCAUUAAAAGCUGGCUUUAUAAAGUCACCACUGUCUCAAAAGAAACUGACCGAGGACAGUGUGGAGUUGCACUGUGAGGCGAUUGGCAAUCCUAUCCCUGAGAUCCAAUGGUGGUUUGAGGGAGAUGAGCCGAACGAGACCGAUACUCAGCUCUGGGAUGGCGCACGGCAGGACCGUGUCAAAAUCAAUGCCACCUAUAACCUGCACUCUACCAGCACCAUCUACAUCGCAAACCUCACUGUCAACGAUUCGGGCACGUAUGAGUGCCGGGCUAGCAACGACCCCGACCGCAACCACUUGUCGAAGAACCCCAAAGUCAAGUGGAUCCGUUCCCAGGCUAACGUUUUUGUCAUCGAACAUCCCAUUAUAGAAACCUCCCCAAAUGUGACUUCUGGCAUGGACGUUGUGAUUUCCUGUAACAUAACCGAACCGAAGUCAUCCAUUCUGGGCCAUGAAUGGAAGAAAGGAGACAAGAUCUUGGCAUCAGAUAAGGAAACAUCUGCUUAUACCUCCCACAAAAUAGGGGUGGUGAAUGCAGAAAGCUCCGGGGUGUACGAGUGCAUCUUCGAUAUGAACCCCCCUGUGAGCAGUAGGGUGUAUGUGACAGUUAAGCCACAUGUGACGGCCUACAAGAAAUCCGAGCAUGGGAACGAAGGGGACACAGGCAUUCUGACCUGCAAGUGCAGCUCGUAUCCUCCUGUUAGUCAGUGGACCUGGUACAAGCUCAAAGAUGGGAUGAAUGAGCCCAUCAUCAAUGGCACAGAGCAGUUCUUCAUCGAGUCCAGCGGGAACAAGACAAAGCUGCACAUUGCUAACCUGGACAUCGAGAAGGACCCAGGCGAGUACCACUGCAACGCCACCAACGACUUGGGCUCCGAUGGCACCGUGGUGACUCUGCGGGUUCGCAGCCGCCUGGCAGCUCUCUGGCCCUUCCUGGGCAUUGUGGCCGAGGUGCUGAUCCUUGUCACCAUCAUCUUCAUCUAUGAGAAGAGGAGAAAGCCGGAUGAGGUCCUUGAUGAUGAUGAUGGAGGGUCUGCCCCACUGAAAAGCAAUGCCCCAAACCACAAGGACAAGAACGUCCGUCAGAGAAAUUCUAACUAGGAGCGGGGAGCCAGGUGGCGAGUAGCUGAAGAGAUCACCUGGAUAUUUUGUUUUGCAAAGUAGCACCGAGAAUGUCCUCAGGCAUCCUUGCAAUUGAGUUACUUCACUUUUUAAAGAAACAAACUUACGUUGUAGCCUCUGAAAUGUUCACUUUUUUAAAGAGCUGUGGGAGGGGUUUUCUACCUGUAAACUUUAUCCCCUUUGUUGCUGGUAGUCUUUGGUCACUGGCUGUGUUUGUCCCAGGCAGGUCUGAGGGUGCAGGGAGCAAUUAGAACCUGUGUGGUGGUUUGCUGGCUUUACGCAGUGUGUAAAGUGAAUGUGGGGAGAAGGUGGUGUGGACAGGAGGGGUUGGAGGGUGCAGAUGCUGCAUUUCCCCAGAGUCCAAGUGCCUGCCCCACGGUCCACGUUACUGGGAAGCCCUGCAAGGAGCUAGAGAGAAGUGACAUCUCCAUGGAAGUGACUAGCAUGUAGGGAGCCAGGAACCUUCCUGUUGAACGUGUCUUCCCAGGAGCCCUGUGCCCUGAUUCUGUGGCACCCCAGAGGAGACCUGAUCUGACCCAAGGGGUGGGAAGCCAAUUAUGGACUGGCUGUAAGCUCUGAGCCUUGAACAAACUCCCCCAGGCUGGGCAGCGUGCAUUCCCACCCAGCGCCAAUAGAGGUGUGUCUGGCUCUGCCCCUUGGGGAGCGGGUGGGUGGCAGUGAUGUGGGAAAUCCUCUAUCUACAGGAAUCCCCCUUCCUCCCUCUCACAAUUGAUCAAUGCCGAGCUACUCACAGGCUUCCUGCCCCAUUGUCUCUCUCGGCAGGGCUGCUUUACUUACCCUCUUUAACAACAACAGACACCUGGGGGAGGGCUUUGAAGCAAACUGAGGAAAUGUGACUAGAGUUAAGUUAUUUCACACUGUUCUGUGAGUCUCUUUCAAUGUCGCUACACUGGGGGUGGGGGCUGAGCCGGGUGGUGAUUGUUGGGCUGCAGGGCUCAGAUCUCUUUGGGAGCAGAUUAACUGCAUGUUUCCCUGUGCUCCAGCCAUCACAGUGUUUCUCUGACAUAGGCACCUGUGAGGGGACAAUGCUCCACGCAGUCUGUUGGUGGCUUAGCAUUUAAUAGUCCAUCUGUUAACAAACUUCACAAAUAAAGACGAAUCCUUUUUCUGUUC